AGCCUUAGCUGCAUUCUUUGGGUAACAGAUGACGCAAUCAACUUGUUUUGCAGCUGGAUUGGAAAAAAAAUCUUUACUUCUCCAUCAGAAAUGCUUUGUCAUGUUUCAAACUCGGUCUUCGUGUGUGAGACAGUAACCAUUAUUUAGCAGGACUCACAUGCUUAGUCACGUUUUGGCGGCUUGUGUGUGCUCAGAGUGACCGGAUGCAGUUUUUAGAUCAGCUUUUCUGCUCCCAGAGACACUCGGCUCUCCUACAGUCCAGCCUGCGUUCCUCUCACUAGUGUGCCGCCUGUGUUGUCAUCAUGGCUGUUAAUAAAACGUACAUUGGUAUCGGCUAUGCUUCGUUUGGUCUGCUUAUGGGCUUCUCUGCGUUCCUGGUGUGGAACAUCGUGUACAAACAGCCGUGGACUGGAGCCAUGGGAGGUCUGUCAGGAGUGCUGGCCCUUUGGACCCUCGUCACUCAUAGCAUGUACCUGCAGGACUACUGGCGGACCUGGCUGAAGGGCCUCAGGUUCUUCUUGUUCAUCGGGGUUUUCUUCUCUCUGCUGGCAGCUGUAGCUUUCAUCACUUUCCUGUCCAUCGCCAUCAGCAGGAAGGAGUCACUGACCGACCCUCGGAGUCUGUAUCUGUCCUGUGUGUGGAGCUUCAUGAGCCUGAAGUGGUCCUUCCUGCUCGCCCUGUCCGCUCACCGCUACCGAAAAGAGUUUGCCGACAUCAGUAUUCUGAGUGACUUCUGAAGGCGCUGUUUCCACCUGCCACACUUACCACUCAGAGACUCUGAAGUGCACUUGCUGCACUGGCUUCCCAGCCUGAGCCUGUGUUAAAGUGACGCAGGCAGAAUCACAGGAGAGUUAACAAAGCUUUGCUUUGAGAAUGAACACCCUCACUAUGGUCGCAUCUCCUGUCAUUUCAUUUUAUUAUGAGAAGGAUUUUCUGUCGAUGGAGCCUAGAUGAUCAUUUAUAGAACUUUUCUUCUUUCUGACUUCUCCUGCAUCCUAAACACUUCUUCAUGAGCACACUUUUCUAAUGACAAAUAAAACUAAACAUUUUAUAACCUCCCAUCACUGGUGGGUAUUUCAGCAAACUGUUGUGGUAAUAGUCAAUUGCAGUUUACUCUGCAGCUAGAGGGCACCACUCUUCCAACUAUAACGGCACUGUUCUCUUGUGUGUAUGUAACCUUUGUCACACAAGUAUUUAAUUUUAUGAUUACAGGUUGCACUUGCAGUGAUCAGUGGAGAAAACCUGCAUAUUAUGAAGUAUUGAUCUUGCUUUAAAGUUGAUUUACACAGAACAGGUCAACCAAAGUCAUGAGGCGUUAUUAUGAAGGUUUUUUUGUGCAACUGCAAAUAAGCUCCACAGGUCCUGGUUCACUAUAUUUCUGAACUACAAAUGGGCAUUUUUUUAAAUUUAAAGAAUAAUUUUUAUUUUUAAUAUUUUUAAUCUGUGCAUCAAAGGAGAAUGACUGAGUUUGUGCUUUAAUUUAGCAGCGAUACCAAUGCAUGCUCAAAUAUUCAUGUUAUGUCAUAUUGUCCUCGUCAAACCCACUUGUGGACAGUUUAAUUGUUUAAUGAGAUUAUUUUUCAGUCUCUCCUUUAUUUCUGAUCACUUCUGUGUUGCAAAGAAGUACAAUGGCAUUGUGUAUCCACAUGUAUCAAUUGACUGAAUGUAACAGUGUGUUUGUACAAGAGUGUGUUUGUGAGUGAUGUUAAUAAAAGGCAUUUUUGACA